CUGGCAGGCGGUGUAUGGUCUGCUUGUGGUUGUGUUGGAAGUCUCGCUCGCUUGUCAAUAAUCACAUACAACGAAUGCAUUAAUGCAAAGAGAUGGGAAUCGUGCAGUCAUGUUUCCACGACGAACUGCUGUAGUGCUGCUCGCCCUGUGUGGAUUAAUAGCGAUCGGCGAUGCCCUUAAGUGUAACUGCACUGCUUGUGAAAAGACCGGUUAUGUAUGCGAGACCGAUGGGGCCUGCAUGGCCUCCACCUCCUACAUCAACGGUCAGGAGGAGCAGCAGGUGCGAAUCUGUAUCCCUCGUGUCAGCCUGGUACCACCAGGACAGCCCAUCUACUGCCUGAGCGCCAAGGGCCUGCUCAACACGCACUGCUGUUACACAGAUUUCUGCAACAGCAUCAACCUUCAAGUUCCAAACGGGAUUUCUGAAGAAAACAACUGGUCGGGCUCAGGGGGCAGCUGGGGUCCGGUUGAGCUGGUGGCUGUGAUCGCAGGACCGGUCUUCUUGUUUUGCCUGUUGCUUAUUGUGGGAGUGCUGGUUUUCCAGCACCAUCAGCGGAACUACAACCACCGGCAGCGACUUGAUGUCGAAGAUCCAUCCUGUGAUCAUCUGUACUUAGCCAAAGACAAGACUUUACAGGACCUCAUCUUUGAUCUGUCCACCUCGGGUUCAGGCUCCGGUCUGCCCUUGUUUGUCCAGCGGACGGUGGCCAGGACAAUCGUACUGCAGGAAAUUAUAGGUAAAGGGCGGUUUGGUGAGGUUUGGAGGGGGAGAUGGAGAGGAGGAGAUGUGGCUGUUAAGAUCUUUUCAUCCAGAGAAGAGCGCUCUUGGUUCCGCGAGGCUGAGAUUUAUCAGACCAUCAUGCUCCGUCAUGAGAACAUCUUGGGCUUCAUCGCUGCUGAUAAUAAAGACAAUGGCACAUGGACGCAGCUGUGGCUGGUCUCUGACUACCAUGAACACGGCUCUUUAUUUGACUAUCUGAACCAUUACUCUGUCACAAUCGAGGGUAUGAUUAAGUUGUCGCUCUCAGCAGCCAGUGGGCUGGCACAUUUGCAUAUGGAGAUCCUGGGUACACAGGGAAAACCGGGCAUUGCUCAUCGUGACCUCAAAUCUAAAAACAUCUUGGUGAAAAAGAAUGGUACUUGUGCCAUAGCAGAUCUGGGGCUCGCUGUACGUCACGAGUCCAUCACUGAUACUAUAGACAUUGCUCCCAAUCAGAGGGUUGGCACUAAAAGAUAUAUGGCUCCAGAGGUACUAGAUGAAACGAUCAACAUGAAACAUUUUGAUUCCUUUAAGUGUGCUGAUAUAUAUGCUUUGGGACUGGUAUACUGGGAGAUAGCAAGACGGUGUAACGCUGGAGGCAUCCAUGAAGAUUACCAGCUUCCCUACUAUGAUCUGGUGCCUUCUGACCCAUCCAUAGAGGAGAUGAGGAAGGUGGUGUGUGAUCAGAGGUUACGGCCCAAUGUGCCCAACUGGUGGCAAAGCUAUGAGGCACUGAGAGUCAUGGGGAAGAUCAUGAGGGAGUGUUGGUAUGCCAAUGGGGCCGCCCGGCUUACGGCUCUGCGGAUUAAGAAGACUCUUUCUCAACUCAGCGUCCAGGAAGACGUUAAGAUCUGAAAUGGGCGGAUCCUCAUAGAGACGCACAAGCACACAUAAAAGACUUAAGCCAAAAAAAGCCUGCCAGUUUUAUCCCUUUUUUUAACGUUUUAAAGUUGUGAUGAGGCCUACCUCACCAUCUCAAACGAAACUACUGAGCGUCAGUCCAUCCCAGCCCUUCUACGUUCCUCCGGAGGUGAAUCAGCCUGUCGUCGUUCCCAGUCGAGGAUGAGCCUGACGUCAGCACAACUUCCCUCAUAGGACCUGUUUGUUAUUUCUUUUGGCAGGAAUGACAAUUGAGCAAAGGCGUUUGCGUUUUUGUUCUUUUCGUUUUACCACUUCAAUGUUGCAUCCAAAAUCGACUUUGCGGCGUGAUGUUUGAAAGAAUGUUUCAGUUUUGUCCAUCCCUCACUGACUAUUAUAAAGUAUGUCAUAUUUCGUGAAAAAUAUAGAAAUAUAUAGUGUUAUACUGCUGUUGUGAGACUGUGAAAAAUGUGGAUAACACUGUUUUCUCCUGUUAUGACUAACAAUUCAUGUCCAAAGCUAAGUGUAGAAAAGACACCACGACUGUGUGACUGUCAUACUGAAGACAUAGCAGUACUUCGUUUUUUUUUCAAAAACGAAAUGCAUUAUUCUUGAAACUGCUUCUGGCAGAACAUCAGUAAAAAGUCAGCCUGCUAGUUUAUCUUUGGGCUACAUUUGCUUCACUCCAUCAGUGUGCAGAUCUCGGCGUGGGUUCUAGUUUGAAAGCAAUCAAAUGUUUGAAAGCUUUCAAUGUUCACUUGUUGUGUGUUUGGCCGUUUUUAAUUGUUUUGGGGGCUUUUAAAAUCCACGUUCAAGCGCUUUGGGGGCAAUGAUAGCUUGUUCACGUUUAUUCCUAAUAUUUCCGAAUGAGGUCCAUUUUCUCACUCCCAACGCUCACAGUACUGAGGAAAAUUAUGCAGGCUUGUGUCUUAAAUAUGGACAAACACCAGCUACUGGGUUUGAAUUAACCUAUGCCAAGUUGUUUCUUGUUUGGGUCAAAUAUAGGCCUACCUAGAAUAAUUCUCUAGGUUAAAGCUAUAAAGGUAUAGUUCACGCAAGAAUGAAAUUAUUUGAUUUGUUCACCCUCAUAUCAUCUCAAACACGUAUGACUUACUUUCUUCUGAAGAGUUUUUGAAAAUUAGUAACCAAAUAACAUUGGACCCCAUUGACUUCCAUUGUAUGGACCCAAAACCACUAAGACAUUUAUCAAAAUAUCUUCUUUUGAGUUCCACAGAAAAUAGUCAUAAACAGGUUUUGAAGGAUAUGAGGGUGAAUAAAUGACAGAAUUUUUAUUUUUGGGUGAACUAUUCCUUUUAUUUAACCCAGUGGUUUGUCCGUAUUUCACACUUCACCAAAAGGUGGACAUUGCUGAAGAUAAUCGCUAACGUUUGUAUGCUUUUUAAGACCGUUGAACUUUAUUUUAAUGGGAACGUUACGUUUGUUGUAUUGCAAAAUCACUUUGUAUUGGGGAGUUGGCAUGUUAAACUGCACUGUUGUUUAAUAUUUGCUCUGUGUCUAUUAGGGAUGUAGUGUAGUCAGAAAACGUGAAGUUAUGAAGUCAAAUCUUGCAUCUCUUUUUGCCUGUAUUUUAACACUUCUAUUGUUAAAUUCAUCUGUACUACUGAUCAUUUCCUUUAUGCCAAUACUAAUCAAUGAACUGUGUGAACUGCAACUUCAUCAUUUAGCACAUUUUUAUAAUGCCACUUGUACCGCUCCCUUCUAUCUGCAAUGUCGUGCUCACUGAUACACUCAGAAACCAUAUGUUCUGAUUAUAAACUGGAUCUUAAGUGAUAGUGACUGCAAUGCGUUAUAACAAGAUGAACAUGGCAUUAAGUUUUGGAAUUAAGGGUCUGCCUCAGUUUUAAAGGUGUAUAGAUUAAAAUGGGCUGAAUGAGA